GAGUGAAGCUAAUGAGUCUACGACGGUUAGCUGGGACACCAAGAGAGCUGCUUCGAGAAAUCAAACUGCGGAACAAAGAUGAUGAAGGCGGUUGCCAUGAAGUGGUGCGUGUUUCUGCUGUUGGUGCCAUCUGUGAUGAUGAGCGUCAGUGAAGACCGGAGGGGAAACAUAUCUUGGUUAGUAAGGAUCAACGAAACUAAAUACUUCGGAGAUGUUCUGGAUCUCGCGCUCAAGGACAUCAGCCAAGCCGACGUCAUCUUCAACUUCGGAGGGCCAGAGUUCAGGGUCAACAUUUCUGGAGGGAAUGACUCAGUCACCCUCAGCAACUGCCGAGUCACAGAACUUCAGGACGUGAGCCUCAAAUCCACCAGCUACUACGUGUACCACCUUUACGGCUGGGACUACUCCGGGUUCGACAGCUACUUCUCUAUCCCUUCGUCCAAGCUGCUGUUCGACUACUCCAUCGAGAGCGCGUCCGGCGCGGCGCUGUCAUCGGGCGAGGCGACCUUGCGGCUGUCCAGGGAGGUGUCGGAGGUGCUGUUCCAAGUGGACAACAACUCCACCGGCCAGUACCACGUGGUGGACGCAACAGGGAUGUUCUCCACGCUGGGUGAGCUGACGGGAGUCGAGCUGACGGGAACGACGGACGCACAAGUGAAGGCAGCUGUGAGAGACAUCUUCAAGAAUAACGACCUCGUCAUACAAACCAUACCAACAACCGCUCUCAAUUAUUACAUCCUAAAAUACAUCAGAAUUAUCGACGUGAAUGAUUAUAUAAUACGUAAAUGAUUAGCUCAUUUUUUUUCGCAGCAUGUAAUGAUUGACACUUCAGUGAAAUAUAAUUAUUGCAUUACCAUGAUGACGGUGGACACUUGGGUCAUCUUUUUUUACGAAAAAAAAAAACUCUUGUCUCUUCUGCAUAACUUCUAUUUUCAUUCCAGGCUCUUGGCAGCUCGGAUUGUGUUCUCGUGGGUCAUUCACAUAGAGGCGGCUCCAGAGCUCUUUUACUACACCGACGCACCUGUUACAGAAAAAUGUUCGUCAUAAAUUGUAAAUUACUAUUCAUUACAUUACAUAAGUUGCUUGCUGCCUUCUGGAAGUAUUUGUUUAUCAUUGAUUAUGAAAUACAGUGUAAUUUGGCAUAGCAAAUCUCUGAAAAACACCAAUAAAUGUAAAAAAAAAAAAAAGUUUUAUUUUUCAAAUGGAAGCUUAAGGAUAACAGGAUUCACAGGUAGAGUAAAAUAAACUGACAAUAAAACUAUAAAUAUAUUUAUUUCACUCAAUAAUGCUGUUACAUCAAUGACAGGAAAACUCAAACAUGGCUAGUCAAAAUGGAGUGACGAUAUAACUUGUUAUUGAUGCAUGCGAUAGUGCAAGAUUGUACAGUUACUCACAAAAUCUUUUUAGUAAAAUAUCAAUAUUUUUCAACCUUUGUCGUGGACUCAAGUUGAAUAUAUUAGGUAAAAUAGUUUAUGCUUAUUUCUACAAGGAUUCAAAAAGUAGUGAAGAGUGUUGAUGUUUCACAGCAUAUAACUUACAGAAGCCUAUCCCACCGCACUCCAUAACUCGGGGGAGUUCAAGUCACCACCACACGGACGUGAGCAGUGUUUUCCAACCCGAAGGCCGGCUUAUCCUCUACCUCUCCUCUCAGUAGUUUUUGAGUCAACCUACAGAUCUGUAUGUAAACAUUCCAGAGCCGAUGAAUAAAGCCAGAACUGUAUAAGGGAUUGCUCCGCCUUUUUUUAAUCAGGAAAGGUGUUAGAGCUUCAGCUAUGACCAGAGGCUAGGGCUACCCAUCCCGGCUUAGUCACCACCUCGGCCCCCUUUUCACUCAGCUAACCACUCCGGCCAAUGUUCAUCCCACCCCUUGUUUGCCCCUCCCCCCUUGUCCAGGUCAUCGAGUAACUUCAGUCCCGCCCCUAGCCACUCUACAAUCCGGACCCUGCUUACUGCAGUAUUGCUUCCACGACUUCGUGGCCAAUGAACAUGCAAGUAGGUAUUAACGAACUUUUCCUCCAUUGCCCUUACAUUCAUUUCACACCGCAGUUCAACAAAAAAUGUUUAUUUUUAUUUUGUUGGGGCUUGUUAAAGCCCCCACUCUUUGUGUUGUUGUACUGAUUGGGGGAAGGUUUUAUCAAUUCAGAUAAAUAAAAAUGCAUUUUUUAACGG